AUGUCACCUAUCUAUGGAGAAGGUCGGGAACAUGCAUUAGCUCGACUCAUGGAGCAGAUCGAAAAACAACCCGAUACAGGAAUUUCACGCUUGGAAGCUCAGCAGAAAAAGAAGGUCAUGAGAUCCCUGUGGUUUGAGCAGUUCCAAGUGCGGCAUACGACCAUCGAAACAGCACAUGCUCAGACAUGUAGAUGGCUGUUAUCGAAUUGUCAAUUCAGCGACUGGCUCAAUCCUGAACAUCUCACUCAUCACCACGGAGUUUUGUGGAUCAAAGGAAAGCCCGGCACGGGCAAAUCUACCGUAAUGAAAUUUGCUCUAGCUCAUGUACAGGAGACAAUGAAGGAUUCAGUAGUGAUCCAUUUCUUCUUCAAUGCUAGAGGAGAGGAGAUAGAAAGAUCUACGGUUGGUACAUAUAGGGCGCUUCUGCUGCAGCUUCUCACUCGAAUUCCAAAGCUCCAGUACCUGCUCGACCCAUUAGUCGGAUCAACCCUGACGCUCGGCGUUGAAGUUAAAUGGGACUUGCAGUUACUUAAAUCGAUGCUGAAGAAAGCUAUACAAACUCUAGACGCUACUCCUGUAGUUUGCUUCAUCGAUGCCCUUGACGAGUGCGAGGAACAGCAGAUACGGGACAUGCUUGCAUUCUUUGAGCGUGUCAGUGAGCUGAGUCUAUCACCUGGUACUCGCUUUCAACUCUGCUUUUCAAGUAGACAUUAUCCAAACAUCACCAUCAAGGCAGGACUGAGCCUCGUGCUUGAGAGACAAGAGGGACACGCCCAAGAUAUCGUCAAAUACAUACAAAGCGAAUUGAAGAUUGGGGAGAGUAAGAUUGCCCGGCAAAUUCAAGAUGACCUUCAAAAGAAAGCCUCGGGGGUUUUCAUGUGGGUCGUGCUAGUUGUCGGUAUACUGAGACAGGAGUACGAUCAUGGCCAUAUACACACUUUGAGUCGUAGACUUAAGGAAAUCCCUGCCGAUCUGCACGAGUUGUUCAGGGAUAUAUUGACACGCGACUCGCGCAACGAAACGGACCUGAUUCUUUGUAUCCAGUGGGUCCUCUACACGAAGCAGCCGUUGCGUCCAGCACAGCUAUAUUAUGCCGUUCUUGCUGGUGUCGACCCUCAUGCAGUCACGAGUUGGGACCCUGAAGAGAACUCGCAGGACGAUAUUAGCCGCUUUAUACUCGAUGCUUCUAAAGGCCUUACAGCUCUCGCGUCUAGAGCGAAUAUAGUCCAAUUUAUCCAUGAGUCUGUUCGGGAUUUCCUCCUAAAUGAGGAUGGCCUUGCGAGUAUAUGGCCUGCUUUGAAAACCAAUCUCGAGGGUCAGAGUCACGAGCGGCUCAAACAGUGCUGUCUCGCCUACAUGGGUGUUGGCGUCCAUUUCGCAGCCAUUCGAGGAAAUUUGCGAACAACGUUCCUCCACGAAGUCCAGGUUUCGCGUGAUUCUAUACAUAGCAGGUUUCCAUUCCUGAGUUACGCAGUGCAGAAUGUGCUCUAUCACGCAAAUCAAGCGGGAGCAGCUCAUAUCACGCAACAAGACUUUCUUAAGGAUUUCCCAUUCAUUCUCUGGUCAGCACUUGAUGGUCUUUUCGAAUACAAUCAGGCGCUGUGUCUAUACAUCCUUGCAUCCCGCAAUUUGUCAAACCUUAUCGAAGUCCAUCCAUCUGUCAGGUCAUGUUUCGAAGUUGAACAAGGGCGGUAUGGGACGCCGUUCCUUGCAGCCAUGGCCACUGGAAGCAGAGAAGCGGUCUAUGCGUUCAUCAAAGCGCUCUCGGAUGGCGGUCCUGGGGAAAACCAAUGCCAGACGUUCAGACGUUACAACACGGACAAUGAUGGCCAAUACACACUUCCUCAAGACUUCAGAUUUCCGAAGCAGGGCAACGUAGUAUUAGUUCUUGUAGAACACAAGAAGGAUACUGUACUUGCUCUCGUGCUUCCGAACUGCAAAGUGGACGUCAAUGCGAAAGACAAUGCCGGACGAACGGCGGUGGUACUGGCAAUACAACAAGGGUGCAAAAGUAUAGUCGAGUUGCUUCUUAGCACUGGCAGGAUCGAUGUUAAUACGAAAAACAUUACGGGAAGGACUCCGCUGAUGUGGGCGAUACGACAUGGGCGCAAGGAUAUGGUCGACUUGUUGCUCAAUACUGGCAAGGUCGAGAUCAACGCAGAGGAUGCUUAUGGAUGGACGCCGCUGAUGUGGGCAGUGCAGCAGGCUCGUAAGGAUAUAAUUGAGCUGAUUUUCAGCACUGACAAGAGCACUGACAAGGUUGACGUGAAUGCAAAAAGUAAAUCAGGAUCUACAGCGGUGAUGGAAGCGGCGGCGAACGGGUACAGUAGUAUAGUUGCAAUACUGCUUAGCACUGGUAAGGUGGACAUUGGAGCGAGAAAUGAUCGAGGAGAAUCAGCGCUAAUGAAGGCGGAGAAGAAUGGACACGGAGAUAUUGUUCAGAUGCUGCAGUCUUACUGUUUCAGGGAAAAGUAG